UGUACCUUCGACCCAAGGACUGUCUAUCUAUGUAAAUCUCACCCAUUUUCACUCCAUCGUCACCCCUUCGUCUCGCCAAAACCAUUACACAUUUCGUACCAGUUCUGGCCAGACUAUUUCACACUUUUACACAAAUUCUCUAGUAUUUAUUUUUAUUGCAAAUAUUUUUUUGCAAAAAAAAACAAUUUGCAAGUCUCAUCCCUUCCUUGCACCGCUACAUAGCUAAUUGUGUCCUGCAAUGUAAACCAAUACAUAUUUCGUCCAAUAAGUAAACACUUCACGAAGCAGCGAGUUUGCGAAAUUUUGUUGCCAAUAUUUUUGCAAGUAUGCUUCUCCUUCGUGGGUCCGGGGUCACGCUGCUGCUUGUCAUCGUGACCUGUGAGGUCACCACGGGAUUGACCACGAAACAGAAAACUGUGGGGAACGAGACCCUGGUGGCGUCAGAAUCUCGGGUGAAACGUGGCUACAGCUCGGGCCACUCGACGGGCAUUGCGUACAAUCGGAUUAACGAUGCCGGUCAGAUCAGAUUGAGACAGCGGGGAGGAGGGCACCGAGGUGGGUAUCAUGACGAGGAUGAGGGUGGUGGUCAUCGAGGUGGUGGGGGUGGUGGUGGUGGUCAUGGGGGUGGAGGUCAUGAAAAUCCUAUCGGGGAGGAUGGAACGCAUACGAACGACUUUAAAUCGUAUGGGGUCGGGUAUGAACACAGAAACACUGAACACUGCGAGGAAUCGAAAUGCGGCUACAACAUUCGCCACUGUCCGCACGGGUGUGUCUUCAACUCUUUGGAAUGUGGGGGUGGUCGUGCUUAUGAUACCUGUUGCUGCUAAAACACUAGCUAAAAUUAUCUACAUAAAAUCCUUAAGUUUUACAUAUUUAAUUUCAAAAAAUAAAUAUUUUUCAUAAUCCUUUUCAUAAAAAAUAUAUACUUUUAUAAUAAUAUUGCCAAAAAAAUCCAGUUGUAAGUAAAUACAUAAACAUUUCGCAACAAUAAAUUCCUUCCACUCCAUUCAUCA